AUGAAAGCCAUUUGCUCGACCGCUUAUGCUUUGAGGCUUUUGGAGUUCUUCCCCUGGACGGACGAUGUGUUUAAGCUCAUGUACCUGAGCAGGUCCUGGAGGCGAGUCAUCUUCGACGUGAUCAGCAACACCAACUUCCUCCGGGGGAAGAAAAUCAUGCGGCUGAAAAAUAAGAAGAGCAUUCUGCUCAUCCUCAAGUACAUGAGGGGGGGUGACCCCGAACUCAUUAUCGGCUCGUGCAACCCGAACCCCCUGUUCUUUAACUACAUCCAGAAGAGCUUCCCCCGGCUGAUGUGUUUCAAGCUGAUCAUCACGUCCCCCGUGUGCCUCCCGCUGCUCAAAAACUUCUGCUUUAACUCGAAGAACCUCAGGUGCAUUACCAUUUGCAUUUUGAACCGCCAGCUGGUGACGGACUACCGGGAGAAGCUGGAGAAGAACCUCAGCAACUUCUUUCGCCAGUGGGGCAUAAACGUCACCCUCAUAACGGAGCUCGGCGGUUAA